AUGAGGUGUCACACCAGCAGCGGCAUCAAAAGUGCAAUGGAGUUACCGGCGCCCAAACACGACAGCGGUGAAGGCAGUGGAGGUUGCGCGCUGGGCAUCGACGAGCGUACUGGCCGCCUCCACUGGUGCCCGGGGUACAGGUUCGUGAAGAUCCUGUUCGUCAUACCAGCAGCGAUGCUUCCGAUCGGUUUGCUGUUUCUGCUGUUAUCUCGGUUUCAGGUGGUUGGAUCGGUUCGAUUAGGCGAUCAGCUGGCUGACGCAACGAGCGCUCUUGGUGGUUGCGGUGAGAUUGGAUACUUUACCGAGGAGCAACUAGCGGCCAACCACCUACCCGAGGAGAUCGACUGGGCGGAGCAGUCGGACGAUGCGGAACGUCGCUGCCAACCGGUACCGGACAAAGUACCAGGCGAAAGUGUCGACACGGAAGAUCGUGGACUAUUGCGGGGGAUCGUGAGAACUUCCUUCAUUCCGUCCGAGAGGCGCAUCCUUCCGGCAGACUGUUUGGGUGAGCCGGUUGCCAAUCAGCAGCAACGUCGACCGGUGGUGCAGAGUGCCGCGGAGCGACGGCGCAUUCGUAAGUCGCUUGCCUGGAUAAACGACGACCGGAGCAGCCCGGCAAGUGUACGGGCCGCACAGGUCCAGAUCAUGAAGCAGUACAUGGAUCCGCAGGCAGAUCCGUGCGAGGACUUCUACCAGUACGCCUGCGGUAACUGGGAUCGCGUGAACCCGAUACCGAAAGACAAGGCCGCACUAGACACGUUCGAGCUGUUGCGCGAGAGUCUCGAUCUGGUGCUGAAAAACCUGCUGCUCGAGGGUGAACCGGCGGGCUUGCACGAUAUAGAGAACGCACUGUCGACCGUGCGGUCACCGCUGGGUGCGAAAAAGAUCACCACCACGACCACAGCCGCCACGGUGCCGGUGACUGCACCGACCGACGAUAUGCCGCAAGACACGAUCACAUCCGCAGAGCAGUUGCAUCGCGUACGAAAGCGGGGCCGUGCCGAGCGGGACCGUGCCCGGCGUGCGGUGCAAAACAAGCUUAUCAUCCGCUCCGCACAAGUAAAGCGAGUCCGCAAGCGUGCACUACUUAUCAACGACGAUGCCGAAAUGAAGGCGCGUCAUCUGUUCGUGUCCUGCAUGAACUACGAGCUGAUCAAGCAGCGCGGUUUGGAGCCGUUGCACACACUGCUGCGCGGUCUCGGUGGUUGGCCAGUGCUCGAACCGGACACCUGGGAUGAGACCAGCUUCGAUUGGCUCAAUCUGACCGCGGCCUUGCGGCGCUACAACAACGACGUCCUGAUCGUCGAAUGGGUCGGGCCGGACAUUAAGAACUCCGACGAGAACAUAGUGCAGUUCGAUCAAACUUCGCUAGGGCUGCCGACGCGCGACUACUACCUGCAGCCGGGCAAUCGCAAAUAUCUGGAAGCGUAUCGGCAGUUUAUGGUGGAGGUGAUCGGAUUGCUCGGCGUGCCGACAGACACGGCACGACAGGCAACGGAGGAAAUGAUCGAGUUCGAGACACAGCUGGCGAACAUCACGAGCACGCCGGAGGAGCGUAACAACGUGUCGACACUGUACCGUAAGCUGAUCCUGGAACAGCUCCACGACGAAGUGCCCGAAAUCGAUUGGACGCGCUACCUGACGAUCGUAACCGAGCGACCCGUCAAUGGGUCUGACUUUGUCGUGAUGUUUGCGAUGGGUUACAUGCGCGAGCUGGUGGAGCUGAUCGGUCAGACCGAGCCACGCAUCGUGGCCAACUAUCUGCUGUGGCGCUUCGUACGUCACCGUAUCAACAACCUUGACGAUCGCUUUCUCGGCGCAAAGCAACGCUUCUCCAACGCACUGUUCGGUCGCGAGCGGAAUCCACCGCGCUGGAAGAACUGUGUGACGCAGGUGAACGCCAACAUGGGCAUGGCGGUGGGGGCAAUGUUUGUACGGCGCUACUUUGACGAAAACAGCAAGCGGGACACGCUCAAGAUGACGCACGAGCUGCAGGAAUCGUUCCGCGAAAUACUCGACCAAACGAGCUGGAUCGAUGCGGCCACGAGGCGGCUGGCGGAGCAGAAGGUUAACGCAAUGUCGCUGCGCAUCGGCUAUCCGGAUUUUAUACUCGAUCCGGGCCAGCUGAACGAACGCUACGCCACGCUGGAGAUCCAUCCGGACCGGUACUUCGAGAACACGCUGAACGUGCUCAGCCACAUCAGGCGCACCGAUCAGGAGAAGCUCGGCCAGCCGGUGAACAAAACCACGUGGCACACGGCACCGGCCGUUGUCAAUGCGUAUUACAGCCGCAACAAGAACCAGAUCAUGUUCCCGGCAGGGAUACUGCAGCCACCGUUCUACCACCGCCAUCUGCCGAAGGCGAUCAACUACGGUGGCAUUGGGGUUGUGAUUGGGCACGAGCUGACGCACGGGUUCGACGACAAGGGCCGGUUGUUCGAUCGGGACGGUAACCUGUACCGCUGGUGGAGCGAUCAGGCGAUCGAAGCGUUUCACGAGCGGGCGGCCUGCCUGGUGCAGCAGUACAGCCGGUACACGAUCGACGAGGUCGGGGUGCAGCUGGAUGGGGAAAACACCCAGGGCGAAAACAUUGCCGACAACGGGGGCAUCAAGCAAGCGUUCCUAGCGUACAACAAAUGGCUAGGCGCGCAAACGGACCGGCUGGUGCUGGAGGCGGAAACACUGCCCGGGCUGAAUGUCACCCGCACGCAGCUAUUCUUCCUGAACUUCGCCCAGAUAUGGUGCGGAGCGAUGCGCCCGGAAGCAACCCGCAACAAGCUCAAGACGGCCGUCCAUAGCCCCGGUAGGUUCCGGGUCAUCGGUACGUUGUCCAACUCGGAGGACUUUGCGCGCGAGUAUCACUGCCCGGUGGGAAGCUUCAUGAAUCCGGCUGACAAGUGUAGCGUGUGGUAG